AUGAACACCACUGAGCUCACUUUUGGGAUCGUGUUUCUGUUCCAGAUGGGCACUGGCCUCUCAGGGAAUAUUUUCCUUCUCCUGUUCUAUGCCCGUAUGGCCUUCGCCAGCCCCAAGCUGAGCCCGUCUGACUUGGGCCUUGCCCACCUGGCCUUGGCUAAUACCAUCAUCCUUCUCACCUUUGGAAUCCCAGAGACUAUGUCUGCUUGGGGGUGGAGAAAUUUCCUUGACAAUGCUGGGUGCAAAUUCAUCAUGUAUCUGUUUCGAGUGGCCCGCAGCCUUGCCAUCUGCAGCACCUGCCUCCUCAGCAUGUUCCAGGCCAUCACCAUCAGCCCCGGGACCCCCCGGUGGGCCUGGAUCAAAGCCAGGUUACCCAGGUGCGUCGUCCCCUCCUGCCUCCUCUCCUGGGGCCACAGUCUGCUCGUAGACUCUGAUGUCCUGGUGAACAUGACAGGCCCCCAGAACAGAAGUGUUCAACUCAUGCUAGAUUUCAAAUAUUGCUCAAAAAUCAGCGCCAGUGCAGAAAUCAUCCUGCUCAUCACGUUUGUGCGUUCCUUCCGUGACGUGUUCUUUGUGGUUCUCAUGAGCGCGGCCAGCGGCUACAUGGUAUUUGUCCUGCACAGACACCAUCAGCAGGUCUGACACCUCCACACGCCCGGACGGUCCCCCAGGGUGAUGCCUGAGGUCAGGGCAGCCAAAAGGGUUGUUGCCCUGGCGACACUGUACAUCCUCCUCUAUGGGCGGCAGACCAUCAUGUUCAGUGUUUUGCUAAACAUGAGAGAGAAGUCCUUUCUGUUGGUGACCAGCCACAUGGUAUUAGGAUUCACGUUCUCUGCUGUGAGUCCACUCCUGAUGAUUCACAGUGACAGGAGAAUAAGGAGAUUCUGGAAAAAGGAAUCUCCUGAUGCCAGAGUAAGCCAUUCUUAG